AUGACCGUUGUGGGCGCGCUGAACCUGGUGUUUGCGAACGUGGUAAUUGAUGAUAUAGAUGAUAACGACAAUAUAACGAGAAAUGUCACGAAUUCAGUCAGACCCCAUGUAAGAGCAGAUUCAGUUCAGUCAGACCCCAGAUUCAGUCAGACCCCAAGUAAGAGCAGAUUCAGUCAGACCCCAAGUUCAGUCAGACCCAGACAACAGAUUCAUAAGAGCAGAUUCAGUCAGACCCUAAGUGAGAGCAGAUUCAGUCAGACCCUAAGUAAGAGCAGUUUCAGUCAGACCCCAAGUAAGAGCAGAGUCAGACCCCAAGUCAGAUUCCAGACCAAAUUCAGUCAGACCCCAAGUAACCGAAGAUUCAGUCAGACCUCAAUUACGAGCAAAUUCAGUCAGACCCCAAAUUCAGUCAGACCCCAAGUAGCAGAUUCAGUCAGAUUCAGUCAGACCCCAAGUAAGAGCAGAUUCAGUCAGACCUCAAGUAAGAGCAAUUUCAGUCAGUCCCCAAGUACGAGCAACUUCAGUCAGACCCCAAGUAAGAGCAGAUUCAGUCAGACCGUAAGUUCAGUCAGACCCAGAUUUCAGUCAGACCCCAAGUACGAGCAACUUCAGUCAGACCCCAAAUUCAGUCAGACCUCAUGUAAGAGCAGAUUCAGUCAGACCCCAAGUACGAGCAACUUCAGUCAGACCCCAAAUUCAAUCAGACCCCCAGAGCAGAUUCAGUCAGACCCCAAAUUCAGUCAGACCCCAAGUAAGAGCAGAUUCAGUCAGACCUCAAGUAAGACCAGAUUCAGUCAGACCCCAAGUAAGAGCAGAUUCAGUCAGACCUCAAGUAAGAUCAGUUUCAGUCAGACCCCAAGUAAGAACAGUUUCAAUCAGACCCAAAGUAAGAGCAGAUUUGGUCAGACCCCAAGAUCAGAAUCAGUCAGACCCCAAGUAAGAGCAGAUUCAGUCAGACCCCAAGUACGAGCAACUUCAGUCAGACCCCAAGUAAGAGCAAAUUCAGUCAGACCCCAAAGCAAUUUCAGUCAGACCCCAAAUAAGAGCAGAUUCAGUCAGACCCCAAAUAAGAGCAGUUUCAGUCAGACCCCAAGUAAGAUCAGUUUCAGUCAGACCCCAAAUUCAGACCCCAGUAGUCAACCCCAAGUAAGAUCAGUUUCAGUCAGACCCCAAAUAAGAGCAGUUUCAGUCAGACCCCAAGUAAGAGCAGUUUCAGUCAGACCCCAAGUAAGAGCAGAUUCAGUCAGACCCAAAAUAAGAACAGAUUCAGUCAGACCCCAAGUAAGAGCAGAUUCAGUCAGACUCCAAGUAGAAGCAGAUUCAGUUAGACCCCAAGAGCAGAUUCAGUUAGACCCCAAGAGCAGAUUCAGUCAGACCCCAAUUUCCAUCGCGACGGUCGGCCUGGGCAUCGACGAAGCCAAGACUAAACAUGAGCCAAACACGCAGGUCGCUCGCCGCUCCGGGCCGGGUCGGGUCCUGCUGUGUCCACCGGCAGUUCGCUUGAGGAACCCAGGGGCCGCCACCAUCAUUAGACUAGUCCCAAUCAGGAGUCAGCAACGACGGAGUGUGAGCACCUCGCAGCGAAUGCUCAUCCAGCGAGAGCACCUGCGACAGGAACGCGACGGCUACGGCGAAGCACAAGUUACGGGGGAGACGAAAGGUGACCGGAGAGGUGUGUCAGUCACGACCCAUCCGGCCACGAGAACAAACGUCCUCAUGUUAACUCUGCAUGAUGAGUAUGAUGUUCAGACAUAUGAGGACACUGAUGGAGGGAUAAACUUGGAGUGA